AUGCGGUGGCUGGUGCUGGCCCUGCUCUGCCUCCAGCUCGGGGAGGGGAUGGUGAGGAUCCCCCUGAGGAAAGGCAGGUCCAUGCGGGAGUUGAUGAGAGAGAAGGGGAUGCUGGAGAGUUUCCUCAAAGGGGACCCCGGUAGGAAAUACCAGCUCAGUAAUGCUGUGGCUUACGAACCGCUAACGAACUACCUGGAUUCCUUCUACUUUGGGGAGAUCAGCAUUGGGACCCCCCCGCAAAAUUUCCUGGUGCUCUUCGACACCGGUUCCUCCAACCUGUGGGUGCCCUCCACCUACUGCCAGACACCAGCCUGCGCAAAACACAACAGGUUCGACCCCAGCCUGUCGUCCUCCUUCUCGGGCAUCAGUGUGAACUACACCCUGAGCUACGGGUUCGGUGACCUGUCGGUGACGUUAGGCUAUGACACCGUGACAAUCCAGAACAUCUUUGUCAGGAACCAGGAGUUUGGCCUGAGCCUGGAUGAGCCCAGCAGACCCUUUUACUACCUGGACUUCGAUGGGAUUUUGGGCAUGGCUUACCCGGGCAUUGCCAUCAGCGGUUACAACACGCUGAUGCAGAACAUGCUGCAGCAGAGCCAGCUCGCCGAACCCAUCUUCAGCUUCUAUUACUCACGCAAUCCAACAUAUAAUUACGGUGGGGAAGUCAUCCUCGGAGGGCUUGACCCCCAGCUGUACUCCGGGGAGGUUUUAUGGGCUCCCGUGGUCCAGGAAUUGUACUGGAAGAUCAGUAUUGAGGAGUUCUCCAUCGGUCCGUCAGCCACCGGCUGGGGGGGGCCAGGGCGUCACCGGCCUGUGGGCCCCCGCGCGGUUUUUUUUCGGCCCAUCUCAGGACAUUUCAUUUCAGCCUUCCUGCAGGCGCUGGGUGCGGAGGAGAGUGACUACGGGUUUGCCGUUGACUGCAGCAACGUCCCGAGCAUGCCCACCCUCUACUUUGCCAUCAGUGGAGCCCAGCUACCGCUGCCUCCCUCCGUCUAUGUCCUAAACAACAACGGCAUCUGCACCGUUGGGGUUGAGAGCACGUACGUGUCCUCUGCCAGCGGCCAGCCACUCUGGAUCCUCGGGAACAUCUUCCUCCGGCAGUAUUACUCCAUUUUUGACAUGGCCAACAACAGAGUUGGCUUCGCCCUGUCAGCCUAG